CAUAUUUUUAGAGAUUGUCCGGCUACUGCUUUCCUCUGGUGUCGCACGAUUAGUGUUGAGAAGCAACAGGCUUUCUUUAGUCGACAUUGGGACGAUUGGCUGGAGAAUAACGUGACUUGCGAUAAAGCCUCUCCUUCCGAUAUGCCCUGGAAUGUGUUUUUCAGUAUUGCUCUUUGGUGCAUCUGGAGAAAUAGGAAUGAAGGUGUUUUCCAUGGUCUGAGCAAGACUCUCUCGGCACCUACCCUCGUUCAGUCGAUUCGGAUUAAGGCCAAGUUGUGGUUUCGUGCUUGGAAUUCCACGAGGCUAGGUCCUGGGCGGAAAAAGUUGGCUCCGCAGCGUACUCUGUCGCAGAUCGGAUGGAAGCCGCCUCCACCAGGCUGGCUGAAGCUCAAUGUUGAUGGGGCUUCGAACAACCCUAAGGGAAUUGCAGGCGAAGGAGGUCUUCUGAGAGAUACAAGUAGCAGCUGGGUAGGAGGUUUUGUCGUGAGCCUUGGCACUUGCUCAGCUGCUAUGUCAGAGCUGUGGGCUCUGUAUCAUGGAGUCAAUUUGGCGUGGAAGCUUGGUUGCAGAACUCACAUCGUGGAAAAUGAUUCCCAAGUGGCAUCCAGCUUGUGAACAAUAGAACGGAUCUGAUUUACCCUUGUGCAGCCCUUUUAUCAGCUAUUAGGCGGAAGUUGGCGCAAGACUGGAUUGUGAAUCUAGUUCAUACAUACCAAGAAGGGAUUAGAGUCGCGGACUGGCUCGUGAAGCAUAGUCUCGUCUAUCCCUACGGUAUGUACGAAUUAGAAACACCUCCAAAUGACCUUCUUCCCCUACUCCAGGAUGGCCUCAGGGGCAUUACCUUUGCUAGAAACAUAGCGUGCCCCAAUCUACCUCCCCCCCAUUUUACCUCCCCCUAGUUUUCUUCUGUUUCUUCGGCUUUUUAGCCUCCUGUAAUAAAAAAAAAAUUCCUAC